AGAAUUGAGAUCUUCCCAUUUACGCCGUAGCUACUUUUCCACAAAAAUGUCUUCCUCCAUGGGCAGCGGGAUGUUUCCCGGCCAGCAGCCGCCUGGUUCUCACCCUGUCGGUGGACCUGGAGGACCGGGUCAGUCGGGACUACUUUCCGGAGCUCCGGGAAACCGAAGCCAGGGCGCCAAUACUUUGGUGGACGACCUGGAGGCUUCUUUCGAGGCUUGCUUUGCGUCACUUGUGAGUCAAGACUACGUGAACGGAACUGAUCAAGAGGAGAUCCGAACCGGUGUGGACCAGUGUAUUCAGAAAUUUCUGGACGUUGCCAGACAGACGGAGUGUUUCUUUCUGCAGAAGCGUCUUCAGUUAUCAGUCCAGAAACCAGAACAGGUGAUCAAAGAGGAUGUAUCUGAGCUUCGUAAUGAGCUCCAGAGGAAAGAGUUGCUGGUUCAGAAACACCUUUCUAAGCUGCACCAUUGGCAACAGGUCCUGGAGGAUGUUAGCAUCCAGCAUCGUAAACCUUCAGAUCUCCCUCCACCUGGACCCCUUGCCUUCCUGGAGCAGGCCUCCGCCAGCCUCCCCCCUGCCCCACUCAAACAGACUUAACACACACCUCCUCCAGCCUCCCCCCUGCCCCACUCAAACAGACUUAACACACACCUCCUCCAGCCUCCCCCUGCCCCACUCAAACAGACUUAACACACACCACCUCCAGCCUCCUCCCUGCCCCACUCAAACAGACUUAACACACACCUCCUCCAGCCUCCUCCCUGCCCCACUCAAACAGACUUAACACACACCACCUCCAGCCUCCUCCCUGCCCCACUCAAACAGACUUAACACACACCACCUCCAGCCUCCUCCCUGCCCCACUCAAACAGACUUAACACACAUCACCUCCAGCCUCCUCCUUGCCCCACUCAAACAGACUUAACACACACCUCCUCCAGCCUCCCCCUGCCCCACUCAAACAGACUUAACACACACCUCCUCCAGCCUCCUCCCUGCCCCACUCAAACAGACUUAACACACACCACCUCCAGCCUCCUCCCUGCCCCACUCAAACAGACUUAACACACACCACCUCCAGCCUCCUCCCUGCCCCACUCAAACAGACUUAACACACACCUCCUCCAGCCUCCCCCUGCCCCACUCAAACAGACUUAACACACACCACCUCCAGCCUCCUCCCUGCCCCACUCAAACAGACUUAACACACACCACCUCCAGCCUCCUCCCUGCCCCACUCAAACAGACUUAACACACACCUCCUCCAGCCUCCCCCUGCCCCAGCGAAAGUUGUCUUACUUUAUAUUUCUGUAAAUAUUUCUUCUGUUUUGUACCAAGAAUAAAUGUUUUGAUCAGAA